GCUUCAAUUUUUUUAACACUACACACGAUACAGUCCAAUAAUCUAUGCGCAAGUCCACGUGAGAUUAACACAACUGACAAAAUGACGCGCGUAGACUUCUUGCUACACGAGUCCGCUGUGGGCUAUGCCGUCUUCAAGGUUGUUCACCAGCAGGACACUGUUGGCCUACACUUGAAGGAGGUUCAAAAAGCCGGCCAGGACCUCUCCAAGUUUGGCAAAAUGGUUCAAUUGGUCAACUUUGCGCCUUGGAGAAACGCUGCCGACGCUCUCGAGAACAUCAAUCUUAUCUCGGAGGGUAUUCUUCCUGACUACCUCAAGUCCAACCUCGAAUUGAACCUUCCCCAAUCGAAGAAGAGCAAGAUCGUGCUUGGUGUCGCCGACAAGAAUUUGGCUGGUUCCAUCAAGGCUGUCUUCCCUGGAGUCGAAUGCGAGACUGGUGAUACAUCUGAAGUCGUCGCCGACCUGUUACGAGGCAUCAGACUCCACGCCGCCAAGUUACUGAAGGGUCUCCAGGAGGGAGAUGUAGAAAGAGCUCAACUCGGUCUCGGUCAUGCUUACUCUCGUGGAAAGGUCAAGUUCAACGUUCACAAGAACGACAACCACAUCAUCAGAGCCAUUGCGACCCUAGACAACCUCGACAAAGGUAUCAACCUAUUCUCUCAGAAAGUGCGCGAGUGGUACGGAUGGCACUUCCCCGAGCUUUACAGCAUCGCUUCUGACAAUCUGACCUACUCGCGCUUGGCUCUCUUCAUCGGUGACAAGUCGACUUUGUCGGAUGAGAAGCUCCACGAGAUUGCCGCGUUGGUCAACGAAGACGAAGAGAAGGCUCAGGAGAUUAUCACCAAAGCCAAGAUCUCGAUGGGACGCGAGUUGUCAGAAGUUGAUAUGAGUAACAUUUCUACUUUCGCCGGAAAGGUUGUUAAGCUUGCCGAGUACCGAAGGACACUCUACAGCUAUUUGGUGGACAAGAUGAGCACCGUCGCGCCAAAUCUAGCGGCGCUCAUUGGAGAGGUCGUUGCUGCCCGCCUCAUCCAGAAGGCUGGUUCCCUGACCAACUUGUCCAAAUACCCAGCUUCUACCCUCCAAAUUCUUGGUGCCGAGAAAGCCUUGUUCCGAGCUCUGAAGACGAAAGGAAACACCCCUAAAUUUGGACUUAUUUAUCACAGCUCAUUUAUUGGCCGAGCAAACCAGAAGGACAAGGGUCGCAUUUCUAGAUACCUUGCCAACAAGUGCAGUAUUGCCAGCCGAAUUGACAACUUCGCCGAACAGCCGUCCAAGAAAUUCGGUGAUGCUCUGCGACAGCAGGUCGAAGACCGACUAGAGUUCUACGCCACCGGCAAGAAGCCAACCAAAAACGCAGAUGCAAUGGACCAGGCAAUGGCCGACAUCCUCGCAGAUGGUCAGAGUUUGGCCAUCGACACCGAAAUGAUCGACGCCCCUCUGCCAACUACUGACGCCACCCCCAAGAAAGAGAAGAAGAAGGAAAAGAAGGACAAGAAGGAGAAGAAGCGGAAGCAUAGCGAUGUAAAUGGCACGGUGGAACCAGAGGUGGCUGACGGCGAGAAGAAGAAGAAAAAGAAGAAGAAGCACGCUGAUGAAUAAGGGACGUUUUCAUCCAUAGGGGUCGAAAGGUUCAACGUUGGUCAGGCAUCGGCUAGGCGUUCAGGGUUCAGGUGUUGUCUGUUAUUAUCUUUUCUCUCUCUCUAAGUGUGGUUGUAUAUAUGGUGGCUCAUACCCGUCCUUCUUAUGCCGAAUUGAUAAAACGAAGUGAAUAUGAGUUUUUAAUCCAGUUGAA